AUGGCGUCUACACUCCCCCUUUCCUUCCUCCGACCAAUGUCCCUCCCACGACCCUCAACUCUCCACAAAUACCUCAACCUAUCUCGCCCAGCACUCUCGCAGUCAACAACCCUCCGAUACACAUCAACAUCAAGCACAACCACAUCCACACCCACGUCGUCUUCCUCCUCUCCCUUAGCAUCAGCUCAGACACCACAAUCCUCUUCGCCUUCAACAUACACCAAGACCGCACCACUCAAGCCCUAUCGCUUGGUCCGCACACCCAGCAACAAACUCCCCAUCUACCUCCUCUGGAAAGCCGGCGGCAACAAGAAGCUCACGCGCGUGCGCAAGAUAGAAGGAGAUGUGAAUAUGCUGAAGACGGACCUGCAGGUUGCGCUGGGUAUGAAAGAGGGGGAUGUGACGGUCAAUCAAUUGGCGAGGCAGGUUAUUGUUAAGGGACAUAUGAAGCCCCAAAUCGAGAAAUUCUUCACGGAUCUGCAACAAUAG